CGUUUCCAGGUGACGGCCGCCCCGGCCCGGCAGCACCCAGCGGGCGGCGGCUGCGGCACAGCGCGCACUGCUAUGGAGCACAUCCGCACCACUAAGCUUUUUCAGUGCAAGACUUCAGAGGUAGAACAAGUGAAACUACUGGACAGGUUCAGCACAAGCAAUAAAUCACUGACGGGAACCCUGUACCUUACAGCAACUCAUCUGUUGUUCAUAGAUUCAAGCCAGAGAGAGACAUGGAUACUGCAUCAUCACAUUGCUGCAGUAGAAAAACUUCCCUUGACUACUUCUGGCUGUCCCCUUGUCAUCCAGUGCAAGAACUUCAGGAUAGUUCACUUUGUCGUUCCCAGAGAGAGAGAUUGUCACGAUAUUUAUAACUCUUUACUGCAACUAUCAAGAACAGCAAAAUACGAAGAGCUGUAUGCCUUCUCCUAUAAUCCAAAACAAAAUGAAUCUCAGCAAGUCAAAGGUUGGCAACUUAUUGAUCUAGCAGAAGAAUAUAAGAGAAUGGGAGUGCCAAAUGACUACUGGCAGUUGUCUGAUGCAAAUCGUGAUUAUAAAAUUUGUGAAACCUAUCCUAGAGAACUUUAUGUUCCCAGAACUGCAAGCAAGCCCAUAAUUGUUGGUAGCUCCAAGUUCAGAAGCAAAGGAAGAUUCCCAGUGUUGUCAUAUUAUCAUAAAAAUAAAGAGGCUGCAAUUUGCAGAUGUAGUCAGCCUCUCUCAGGUUUCAGUGCCAGGUGCCUGGAAGAUGAACACAUGUUGCAAGCCAUCAGUAAAGCAAAUCCUUCAAAUCGAUACAUGUAUGUCAUGGACACCAGGCCAAAGCUUAAUGCAAUGGCAAACAGAGCUGCUGGGAAGGGCUAUGAGAACGAAGACAACUACUCUAACAUUAGAUUCCAGUUUGUUGGCAUUGAAAAUAUUCAUGUAAUGAGAUCCAGCUUACAAAAACUUCUGGAAGUCAGUGGCACAAAAGGUUUAUCUGUCAAUGACUUUUUGUCUGGUUUGGAGAAUUCUGGAUGGUUGCGUCAUAUCAAAGCUGUGUUGGAUGCUGCUGUCUUCCUAGUCAAGGCAAUAGCAGUUGAGAGUGCGAGCGUAUUGGUGCAUUGCUCAGAUGGCUGGGAUAGGACUUCUCAAGUUUGUUCUCUUGGAGCUCUCUUACUGGAUUCCUAUUACAGAACAAUCAAAGGAUUCAUGGUCCUGAUAGAGAAAGACUGGAUCUCUUUUGGACACAAGUUCUCUGACAGAUGUUGUCAGUUGGAUGGUGAUCCAAAAGAGAUCUCGCCAGUAUUCACCCAGUUCUUAGAAACUGUGUGGAACCUGACUGAGCAGUUUCCACAAGCCUUUGAGUACAAUGAAGCUUUCCUCCUUCAAAUCCAUGAACACGUCCACUCGUGCCAGUUUGGUAAUUUCCUUGGAAACUGUCAAAAAGAGAGAGAAGAACUCAAAUUAAAAGAGAAGACAUAUUCCUUGUGGCCAUUCCUUCUGGAUGAACAAAAGAAGUAUCAAAAUCCCCUGUAUAAUCCAGACUUUUCUCCAGAACUAACUCUUUUGGAGCCUAAUACAGUAUCAUUCAAUUUUAAGUUUUGGAGAAAUAUGUACCAUCAGUUUGAUCGAAGUAUGCAUCCCAGGCAGUCUGUAUUCAAUCUCAUUAUGAACAUGAGUGAACAAAAUAAACAACUGGAGGAAGACAUUAAGGAACUGGAAGCUAAAAUAAAGCAGAGAAAUGGGCAGCCAGACACAGUCCUUUUAAAGGAACAUAAACAGCCUGCUCAUCCGGCACCCAUGCCACUGAAGAGCCCUCCGUGCUUCAAAAAGGAGCAGCCACUGAUCCCUGUGAAUGAUGCUGUAAGAACUAUAGAGGGCAGCAACACUGCAGACAAUCGCUACAGUGAAUUCGUAGAAGAGUUCUCGAAAGCUGAGCCUGCUGUUGUCAGCUUGGAGUAUGGAGUCGCCAGGAUGACCUGCUAAUUAAAAUCUGGCGCUGUGCUCCUCUUCUAGACUGAUCGAAUUAAGAGAUGGAUUAUUUUGAGGAGGGGGUUCUUUGCUGCAUGACCAAACCCAUGAUUUGUAUCUCAGCAAGUUUUGUUAACAUAGACUAGAAUGGCAUGCUGGCUGUCAAGUGUUUGCUGUUCUUUUAAGAACAAAGAAAGAAGAGUAGUUAUGUUGUAAAAGAAAUAGGGGCAUUUGGUAAGUAGUGACUAAAAUCAAGGAGGGGUAUGUCAUUAGACUCAAGGCAGUUUGCACUAAGUUGAUUAAAACAGUGGUACCUUUACUUGGUAUAGGAAAACACAGGUGGUCUUUCACAAGUUGAUUUUAUUUGGGUAAGAAAACUUGAAAUUUCUAUUUUAGGAACUGAAGCUACUUGUAUAUAUCACAUAUGAUAUGAAUAUGUAUACUCUUGUUUAAUGUCACCCAGUACUAAUCUUCAGUGUAUUAAGUGCCAUGGAAAAGUAUGGUAUGUUUCAAAUCACAAAGAGUUGGCCUUAAAUCUGUCAGAUCAAUGAUAUAUUUGUCCUUUACUUAAUUGCAGUCUACCUGGCUCUGUUUACAUUGUAUUUGCUUAAAUUCUUAUUUCCUUAAAACAGAACUGAACGUAAGGAAUGAAGCAUGCCUGAGCUGGCACAGCCUUUUGACAAAUAACGAUAUGAAUGUUAAUUAACCACUGAAGACUGUUUUUCUCCAGUUCCUCAGUCAUUUAAAAUGUACUGGUAGAUUGGUCUGAUUUCUUUCUCUGUUAGCUCAGUAGAUUGAGCAUCACUGAAGCUACAAGUUGCAUCUGACCUGAAACGUUUUGAUUUCUGGCAAGAUAUUGAAGUGCAGAGCGGAAUAUGUCACGUAAGAAAACAAAACUUAGACAAAACCCAAGUUGUCGAGUUCAUUCAGGUUGUGUGCUGUGUGUUGUGCAGUUGCUCAUGUCACAAAAAUGGAAGCAGAAUUUUUGGAGGUGUGGUCUACUGAUGCUGUUCCCAAGUACAAAAAAAGUCCUGUGUCCAAAACUUCUGAGAAACUGAGUGCCUCCUGAAUCUUUCAGUAAGAGAAAAUUACAGUUUUUAGUUAAAUCCCCUGCUCACCUUUAAAAAGUUGUCCAACCUGUGCAUAUUUCAAGUAAUUUCAGUAGAGUUGGAAGAUUUUUAUGUAACUGGAGAGAGCACAAACUUCUAGCAGGAUGGAGUAGAGAUAUUUUGUCCUGUUGUGCGUUUUCUGAACAGACAACAGAACAGAGUAAAGGAAUCCUGGUGUCCAGUUUUUCAAGAGAGGUAUAAGUCCUAACUUUGAGUAUUAAGAUCCAUAAGUGUGAUGUUAGAUUAAUGCUACUGACCUUUUAUCUCUAGAUUUAAUUCAUUCUCAUACUAAUCCCUGACAUCUGUUUUGUUAAGAACUACUGGUGCACCACACAACAUGACAUAAUUGGCAGCAUUUCCCUCUGCACCAUAUUGGAUCCAAGACUCUUGUUAACAAGGCCAGGACAGGUCAUGAUCAAAUUGUAUUUGUGAAGCUGUCUGGGAGAAGUUAACUCUGACUCCUGUAUUUGGGUAACAAUUCACCCAUUUCACUGUUUUAUUUAAAAGCCUGUAAGUGUAAAUAAAGGCUCAUAAAUAUUUUUAUUCCCAAUGAUAGGAACGUAUUAUCAUCUUUAAAAUAUAUUAUCCAACCAUUUAAACAUGUUUAGCAUUUCUCCACUACAAGUUUUGAUAGUUCCACGUUUGCACAGUGGUGCCUUACAAGGUUGCAGCAAGAGAGGUUUCUGUGCCUUGCUGUUGUCUCCUGUUCUCCCUCACCUUCUGUACCAACUCAGUCCUGUGGUUUUCCUUUGGAAAAGCAUUGUGUGUGUUACGCUUGUAUCGCAGUAGUGACAAAUUUAUCACUGACAAUAUAGGUAAGUGUUACCAAUUUGUAUUUACUUGUUUUAAUAUUUAGAUGCUCUGGUGUGCCAUGUACACAUCAUAUUUAUUGUUUAAUGUUUAUAGACUCAAAAUAUUACAUUAACCUUUUCUGCAAAUAUUGUUGUAUGUUGUUUUUAUUUUAAUCAUCUGAAUACCACUGUAUACAAGGCUUUUGAAGAGAUCUGUUCCCUUUCAGUACUGUUAAAAUUACUUUAUUUCAGUCUUCAGGCUCUCUUUUUUGGCAGAGCUCACUCAGAGGAAAGGUUUGGGUGUCUUUUUAUUUUAAAUCAGGGUAGGCAUGUUAGGUCAGCUUUAGAAUGACAUAAAACUAUCUGCUCAAGUACAGAACCUGUUUCUUCAUCAAAGAAUAAAAUGUUUCCAGAUAUGAAAUAAACAUUUCACUCCAGAUAGAGUUUUAUAAGGCUGUGUCAUAAAGCAGCCUUAAAAAGUCCAGAUAGCUCCGCCAACUCAACCCUCAGGGUCAUCAGUGAGAAAAGUUCCUACAGAGAGGCAGCUGUCUCUUCUCAUUUGCUGUCCAGGCUUAAGCCAAAACUACCUAAAGCACGUGGGACCUGUGGUGAAGUAAAUAGAUGGUAGCGAAGUGGGCUCCAACAGAAAGCUUGGCAGGGUGGCCAGGACACAACACAGUGGGGGUGUUCUGUGUCCUUCAUGAAGGGUUUAAAAAACAUAAGCAAAUUGAUUAAAAGACUGGUGGGAGCUUUCUGGGAGCAGAAAGAAUUUUAAUUCUUAUUUCAGUGGAUGAGCUUUUCUUCAUCAUGAACGUGCCUCUUUGGUAGAAGUUACUAUAUUGAUAAGUGCCUGAUACAGCUCAAAAGGAGCCUUUCUCUUUCAGGCUGUGGCAUUAUGCUGUAGUUGGUGCGCUCACCAGUUGCUUAGGAGUGUAAUGGCCCAGAUAGGAUGAUUCUGAUCCCAUUGGUUGUGAGAUUUUGGCACCUGUCAUCUUGAUAAGGUCUUGGUAAAAUCCUGCAGUUAUGUUGUGUGCUGUUUGGUUUUAGUUUAUUUUUUAAUCUGCGUGCUACAAAAGAGAGAUAAUUCAGUUAAUUAACCAAAAUGAUAGUCUUACCUGAGCAACUAAAACUGUAGCACAGGCAGUUUAAAUAUUUAUUUCACUACUACUAACGGAAUCUGGCUUAUUUUUGGGAGGCUUGCUAUUGUCACGAUGUAUUCUUCAGUGGAAGUUUAAAUAUCCAACUGUUCUGUUUUGUAGGAUGACUGCCAAAUCAACAGACUAAGAAAUUAAUUAAGCCACACUGAACUGAGCCUGUGCAUUUUCCACAUGUCCAAUUACUAGUGACCUAAAUCUAGGGCGAAAGCCCGAAGUCUGUAGAGUCCAUUUAGAGAAUUGGAACAGCAAUCCUCCCAUAAAACCACACACCCCUGUGUGGAGCAAAUGCCCUACUACAGCGUUCUUUUAGAGGGAAAGCUAUCAUAAAUCAAGCUGUGGCAGUUUGAUGUGCAUCUUUCUCACAAUAAGCACACUGGAGAAUGCCUUGCAGGGAAAGGUAAUGUUUUUUUCCCCUCUAGCUGCUGUGUUCUUAUGGCCUUUUGAUAAAGCAACACAUGAGCAAAUCUCUGAGAAACUUGCUGCUCCUGAUAAACUAAGCACAUAACAUUUGGGCUGGGGUAGUUGGGCUUAACUAACAUCCUUUUAAGGAAGUGGCAUAAAUAAUAUCGAGAAAGUCAAUGUCAAAAUAACAGAGGGCACACAGAGCAUCUGUUCUUCGGAGUCCUGCCCUGCUUUUGAGCAAGUGUGGCUAGCAUGAGGGCCUCGCAUAAGCAUGAGGAUUGCUUUCUAGUUAAAGAUAAUCUGAUUUCAAACCAGAUCAUCCCCUUGCAGUGGUAAUUUAUAGUUCUUUAGGUCAGAACCCAAAGGUUGUUCUUAAAAUGCUUGUUUAGUUGUUAGUAGCUCUAAACCUGUAGCUGAUCAUAGACUUUAGUAUACUGGUCGUAAAACCUGUAUUAACCUUUAGGAUUAGAUCUUUAGGUUAGGCUGAAGUCUGCUUUAUCUUGCUUUCACCAUUUAGGCAACACUUUUCUCCAAGUGUUGCUUACUGUUGUGCUUGCUAUCUGUCAGAUGUAACAGACUUCUUAAUGCUUCGGGUGCUUCAAGAACCUGGAAGUACUACACUUUUCUUCUGCUAUUCCAAAGGCUCAGAUUAAUGAACAGUAUGGAUGAUCUUAUGUUUGAUUUAGCUAGCUUGACCUGCCUACUUGUUAAAUAGCACUGUACAUCGGCACGGCAUCAUAAUUCAGUUGUGCAACUUCUGUAUGCACAAUAGACUUAAGGAAAAAGGAUGUAGCUGGGACCCUUGUCACAGCACGUAGCAAGGUACAGGACUCUGCUGGGAUGUGACUCAUAAAACAGAACCAGUAGAGCUGUUCUGAUGUCCAGCAGCAGCUCAGAGACUUGAGGUGGAAGGUCAGAGGCAUGCUGCUUCUGAGAUCAGUUUCUGUAUCUCAGAGAACUCAGUGACCUGGUCUGUAAAACACUUGCAGCUGAGCAGUUCUGCAUGGGCAUCAAGCAAGAGAAAAAAGACAUGGAACUGUGAUUCUUAACCUACUGGUUUAAAGUAAUAAAUGUCCUGGUGGUGACUGUCCUGGGGUGCAAUAUUUUGUUUAUUCUUGUUUAUAGUUUCACUCUUGAGGUCAGUUGUAUACUGUUUAAGUAGCAUUAUAGUUUAUGACACAUGCUAUGAAAGUAUUUCCCACCUUAAUGACAAGAUUAGCAUGUAUGUAUCUUGUGCUUUGUAUCUCUGUGUAUAUUUCUGCCGAGUGAUUUUCAUGUGGUUAGGCAGCGUUGGUGAAGUCCCAUGCUGCCCCAUAAAGGCAUUCCUUAUUACCUAGCAUUACAGAUUGGUUUCCUCGCUCUGUCUUACUGUUGCUCUUCAGUCUUACAGUUUAUCUUUACAGCUGUCAGUUGGCAAUAUCCCUUGAUAAAACAUCUUCCCACCAAAAGAAAAUGGGUUGGUUGUUUUUCUGUCUCUCAGGGAUUUUUACCCCUGAACUACUGAACUUGACACAUAUUUUAACACUACUGCUUAUUCUCCCUUUCAGGUCUUCUGAGUGCCUGUUGACUUCACAGUCAGUUUACUUACACAAUUUAACUAGACGUGGCUAGUAAAAACAAAAUGAUUGUUAUAAUUGUUAUUCAAAUGGAUGUGGCAAUGGGAGAGGGAACUGUUUUCAUUGUAAUGUAUCUGGAAAGACUGGCUGUUUCACUAGUGUUUAUGGCUCUGUGAUGCUGUCUGCAAAAGUCAUUUUUCUGUGUGCUGGGAUCAUGCUUGCUGUAUAUUCCUGAUGAAACUUUAGCAAAUGGAAUUUUGUAAUAAGUAUUUUAUUUGUAUGUGUUUUGAAAAUUCAUAAUGCUUGAAAUAAAUCUAACUUGGCAUUGCGCA